UUCCUUUCUUUUUCAACAUUAACAUAUAUCAAUAAGUCAAGAUGGGUAACGGUAAACCAAGAGGUCUUAACUCUGCUAGAAAAUUAAGAGUUCACCGUCGUAACAACAGAUGGGCUGAUCAAGCUUAUAAAGCCAGAUUAUUAGGUACCGCUUUCAAAUCAUCUCCAUUUGGUGGUUCUUCUCACGCCAAAGGUAUCGUUUUAGAAAAAAUUGGUAUUGAAUCUAAACAACCAAACUCCGCUAUUAGAAAAUGUGUUAGAGUUCAAUUAAUUAAAAACGGUAAAAAAGUUACUGCUUUCGUUCCAAAUGAUGGUUGUUUAAACUUUGUUGAUGAAAAUGAUGAAGUUUUAUUAGCCGGUUUCGGUAGAAGAGGUAAAGCUAAGGGUGAUAUUCCAGGUGUUAGAUUCAAGGUUGUCAAGGUUUCUGGUGUCUCCUUGUUAGCUUUAUGGAAAGAAAAGAAAGAAAAACCAAGAUCAUAGAUUUAUCAUCCUAAUAUUUUAAUUCAAAUGAAAUUUGAUUUAAAUACUUUAUGUUUUAUUGUGGGAUGUGAUAAUAUAUAUUAAUAUAUGUACUUUAUUAAUGAAGAUUGAUUAUUGUAUUGAAUAUUUGAUUUC